AUGUAAAUAUCGUUUUCUCGGGGGGAGAUGCGAACGCUCCACAUCGAACGGCGUUUUCCAACUCUUGAAGCGCAAACGUCGGUUACUUGCUAACCAGAGGUUAGUCGAUUUCUCUACGUGGACACGGCUACGUAGUUCAACGUACGCGCUUGGCGACGCGCUGGCGGACGAAUCCGUGUAUCCCGUUUCGAGGGCAGGGGGAUUCAACUGCGGAGUAUAAUGCAGCUGCGGAGAGCGAAUCUAACGUACAUGCGGCCUCAUCCGUCCCGGGCGUCGCGCGAUAUCGCUCGACGUUAGCUGACACCGAUCCCCCGUCGAGCCAGCCGAGAGAAAGCCCGCCCGAGCUCAUGAUUAAGAGCGUGUCUCGGUCUCCCGUUCGCGAAAUCGCGAGGCAUAACCGGACGUAAUGUGCGUCGCGACCCUUCGGCGAAACGUGGAUCCCGAGACACGGGAUUCUGAGACAUGGGAAAUCCCGAUAGUUUAGGAAUUUUACUCGUGCAGAUCGGCUCGUGUUCCAGCGGACGAGCGCCUCGCUAGGCGAGAUCGUACGGGGCGAGUAAAAUGAUGCAUUACAGCCCGUGGAUUCAACAUCAGCCGAUAUCGGAUCAUCAAUGUUGCGUGCCGUCGUAUAUUGACGUGAUGCCGUCCUACCAAGAUCACGAGCGUCAUCCGCUGACCGAGGAGGAAACCGAGCAUGCUGGCGAGGAGGCGCACGACACGAUGACGCCCGCUACCUCCGGCGAACGUAGCUCCAGCGCGGAUCUCUUCAGGUUGGAGUUCGCGGCGUCCCAAUGGUCCAAGCUGGUCUCCAAUGCGGAGGGUCUGUUCACGAAGCUCAUGACGAGUAACGUUCUGCCGCACACCGAUCAGGACCAGAUCGAGCAGUGGCUGUGCAUGAAGCAGGAGUACGAGGAGUGCAUAGCCAGCGACGAGACCACCAGCUUGCAGGGGUACGCGGAGAACGCCAGAAGGUCGUUGGAGCGCAUCGAGGAGGUGACCGAGACCGACGAGAAGACGGACGAGUCUGGGAAUCAAACCAAGCUCAGGGUUGAUCGCAAUUGCACCUCCAGUUCGGAGAGCGAGCUGUCCGAAGUUGACGACGACGACGAAGACGACGAGGACGAGGAGGAGGAUGACGAUCAGAGCGACGUGAGUUCGGAAAAUCCAGAUUUCCUCGAGAAGCUGGACGAGUGUAUGAGUAAGUUUAAGAUCGAGACGGACGGAAUUGUCGAUUCUAUAAAGGAUGAUUUCAGAGAAGCGAACGUUGAAAUUGUAUCCCCGGUGACGAGAUCCGUAAAUAAUAAUUACGUACCGGUGCCUCGUCCUGCACCGGCGAGAAAUCCGAAUUCCAGGAGAAACUCGAUGCUGCCCGGCUCCGAUAUGUGCAACGAGGUGUUGGCUUUUAACGACAGCCUGAAGCCUUGCCAAAAUCAAAUCCUCGAAAAUCGCAUCCCGGAAUAUAUGAGUCCGUACGUAUUGAAUAAUCGCGAGUUGGAGAUAAACAUUAACGACAAUAUCAUCAACGAUAAUUUCGUGGCGAUACAAAAUGACAAUUCGCCCGACUUGUUGCUCGACGCCCUCAAGAACACGGAAGUGUCCGAGCCUAUCAAGGAGUUGAAGGCUCUAACGCUGAAUAACGAGGCGAAACAGACGCAAGUGAAGAAGAUUCAGUCAAAUCUGGAUGGGGCGCACAAGCGUAUCGAGGAACUGCAGACGACGAUUAAGAUUAAGCAACGUUUCAUAGCGGAUAUGAUAAAGAAUUCCGACACGCGCACUAGCGCGAAGCAGAGGUUCCAACGUAAACGUAGUAAGUUGGAAGAGGAAUAUUACAACACGAGAACACAGCUGGCGCAAGCGGAAAAUGCGUCUAUGUACAAGGAUACUGACGAAAAGGCGCACAAGAAGGAGAUUGAAUUAAUGAAACACAUAGCGAUACAUUACGAGAAACGAAUGAUGGAUAUAGAUAUGAUUAAGCAAAUCGCGGGUGACUCUGCGAAGAAGGUUUUGGAACUAGAAGCCUCGUUAAAUACAUCUAAGAAGCAAAUGGACAAAUUGAAGCGGCAAUUAAAGAGAGAAGAGGAACGUAAGAAGCAACUGGAGGACGAGCUCGCUAAGGAUCAGCAGAAGAUUCGCGAACUUGAAGAAAAGUAUAAUUUAACCGCGUCCAAGUUGAAGGAGAUGCAAUCGGAGAGCGAAGACGAGAAACACAAUACGAAAUCGAAGACCGAUUGCUCGGACAAGAUGAAGAACUUGCUGGACGUGAACGCAAGGAUAUCUCAUCUGGACCACGUUCUGAAAGAGAAAUCCAUGGAUCUGGAGAGAACCGCGGACAUGGACGAGAAGGAGGCGUUGCGGCACGAGAUCAGAAACUUGAGGCGCACUCGGGACUGUUUGGUGGACGAGAAAUGCGACUUAGAUGAGAAGUUCCAAAAGGAGCGGACCUUGACGAUAGUGGAGGAACGUAAACUGCUAGAAUGCGGUGAGACUAUCGAAGCUAUCGAUGCGAUGAUCGAGCACAAGAACGAGAUGAUUUGUGGCCGGAAGGAUUUCGACGAGAAUCAAUCCCAGCGCGAGAAGGGCGAGAGAAUGCUGACGGAACGCUUGAAGAAGCUCUCGCACGGUGAAAUAAUAACGUUAUUUAUGAAGUAUUUCCGCAAGGUGAUCGACUUGAAGGAGAGCUCGAAGAAUCUGGAGAUUCAGAUAACCGAGCUCGAGGCCCACAUUGCGAAUCAGGAUUGGAGGCUGAUGGAGGCCGAGAAACGAAUGAUCUUGCUGCAGCGGCAGUACGAGGACAAGCUGCAUCACGUGUUCAGGCACUUUGCGGAGGAGACCAGCAGCUCCGGUUACGAGCGAUUGGACAAAGAUUCCGAGCUUGUGAGGUACAAAAAGGAGAAUAGGGCACUGAAGAAACGAUUGGCGGACGUCGAGGCUCUUCUCAAGGGUGCGACACCACCGCGCGCAGCUAGCCCCUGCAGAGCUCUGCAGCAGGGAUUGAGGCAAAUCACGCCGAGUACUCGAUCGACGACCAAAGUAACGAGGCAGCGAAAUAAACUGAUAAUUCAAAAGACGACCGACUGCGACAAGAGGAAAAAAUGAGUUUCUUACUGAGUACAGGCUUUAUUUUUUAUCGUGUAUACUUACGGACGAUUUGAAUCUUUUAUUCUACGUUUCAUAUAUCACGUCUCCGCGUAGCACUUCGUCACAGAGACGUUCACGCUAGACUGUAUAAAGUCGAGUUUCUCUAUUUUAACACAGUAUAAUCUCUCCUAUCUCAUCUAUAGAUAGUAAUGUGAUAAUAGUUUCUCUGCGUGAAGCAAUUACCUCUUCUGUAUUUUUAUAGAAAACAUAUUGCUACAUUUUAACGAUACAUUCGGUACAUUUGUUUAUCGGACAACUUAAAAAUACGUUUGAUGACAAUUGUACUCGCUAAGAAAUGUAUCUUCGGAUGAAUUUAACUGCAUGCGAUUUAUCCAUUUUGUAUUUAUUACAGUAGUUCCAAGCUGAUAUUAUAUUGUAAUUUAAUAUCUAGAUGUAAUAUCGCCGGAAAUCUCGCGCGCGAAAGCGUAUAUUUGCAUGCUGCUCAACAUUGUGUUAUGUCAACAAUUGAUGUAGCAAGUAUCACGUCGACGACAUAAUAAAACACGGUACGAUUGUUUCGUUCUGGUUUACUCGAUAAGAGAGCUUAGAGGCUUGCGAAUAGGAACGCUCGAUUGCUGUACAUUAAGCAGCGUGUGUUCAAAUUUAUUUCACAGGCAACGCGGCUUCUGGUUAACGACGGAUGCAGUCAGAAAAUUAAUUAUACCGUUGGAAAAUUAUGAGUCUGAUUAGGAUACGUUGGGGUUCUUGCAACAUGGCGGACUGCUCAAUCGUUGUAUUUCCCGAAUCAAUAAUGUGCAUAAUAUUUCGCUGCACUCCGCAGUUACACGUUAGUUUACUCGGCUACUCGGUUAUCGAAAGGAACGUUCCUCGUACUACUAAUUCUCGCACUGCUGAAAUUUUUUGCUAGAAAGAAACCAUGACGAAUCUCUCUUACGCUCUUAUACUUACAUUUAGAAUAGAGGCAUGCGAAUCAUACUUUUGUAUCAUUGAAUCGAAUCGAAUUUUUUCACGUUCGAAUUCAAAUCAAUCUUUCCUGAAUUCGUUAGAUGUUGAUUUGAAAAUAAACCUGACCGUUUUCCCAGUAACAGUGUUUAUUUAAAAAAUAAUGUACUAUUGCAUCACAAAACUUAUUACACAUUUGACGGAGGAAAGAAAUUAUCAAUUCGAAAUUAAAUCGUCGAUCGACGCUUUCGAAUUUCUGAUUCGAAAGCGAAACGAAUCCUCAGUGAUACGAAUUCAAGGCGACUGGCAUACCUCUAAUUCAGAAUCGUUUGUAUCUUAUUAUACACACUGCGUUUUGAAAUUAAUAUUAUAUAAUUUCCCAUCAGAAAGUGUUUCGUCCGCACUUUUUUCGGCUGAGCGAGCAUUCGUCAGGCGUGGAACGGUCUCGAUUAUUUUACGUUAUUCACCGAUCAUUACGAUUCUCGAUCUCUGCUCGAUAAGAUCGUCUCGAUCCACUUCCGACAUAUUAUGUAUUGUAUAAUUUUGUAAAUAAAUUUAUUAUUACGUAA